UAGUCAUUUGUAAAAUACAUUUCAUAUUCAACAUAAUGUUCACUCAAACGAGAUCUUUAUUCUUGGCCGCAAUUAUAGCCAUAUUUAUCUAUGAAUAUUCAUCGAGCGAGCCGUUGAGGUUUAAUUUUGAUCUCAAACACAUAGAUGACAAUCAAAGGGAUGAACUUUUUCGCUUUCUGGACAUUAAUAAAGAUAAAAAGAUAUGCGAAACUGAAUUCAAAAACCUAUUCAGUUCUCUAUUCUACUCGACGAGACAUAAGACCAGUUAUAAGGACGACAAGAUUGAGUCAAUGAUAUUGGAAUUGAUAGGAAUUCCCAAAGAGAAAGGCAUCGAUAAGACACAGUUUGACAUGAUUUGGGGCGAAUGGAUAGUGACUGUACUGAGGCCCAGGUCGGCGCUCAUUGUGGUCGACGUCCAGAACGACUUCAUGAUCGGAUCCAUGCCCGUGGAAAAUGGCACCAAAAUCGUGCCCGUUAUCAAUGACUUGAUGAAGAACUUCGAGACAGUGGUCUUCACGUACGACUGGCACCCGAGGAAUCACUGUUCGUUCAAUGAGAGUGUCCACGACCCCAGUAUUCACAGACCAAUCAUUGACUAUUAUAACAAAACUCGUGAUACACUGACAGUGGGUGAUCGGGUCAGGUAUGCGGUCCAUUCAGACAUUAUUCAAUACCUAUGGGAUAGACACUGUGUGCAGGAGAGUGAAGGCUCUCAAUUGUAUCACGAACUUAAUCAGGAUCAUAUCAAAGAUAAAUUCAAUGUAACCAAGGGAAUGGAUCCGGAUAUCGACAGCUACUCGGCCUUUGCAGAUGUCGGGGGUGUUCACGACCCAGAAAGACGCACAACAUUGCACUGCGAUCUCCAGAGUAGAGGUAUCACUGAUGUCUACCUAACGGGAGUGGUGUAUGAGUUCUGUGUGGGAUCGACAGCUCUGGACGCCUUAACACUGGGCUAUAGGACGGCAUUCAUUGAGGACGCCGUCCACGAGCUCAACACAACCCGACAGAAGGAAAUGCGACAGAAUUUGACGGACAACUACUCCAGUAUUAUCACUGCCGAUGACGUCAAUGAUAUGGUGACAGCCUAUGAUAGGAGACCACAAAUGGGAUACGUGUUGGCUAAGAAAAUAUGGGGUACACAUAAACACCCUGACCCUCAAUGUCAAUAAUACCGGUGCUAUUUGAUAUAAAUAGAAUUACAAAAUGCUCAC